UUUCUUCGAUACCUCAGUCCGCCGCGCUCGGUCCUGAAAGCCGAUUCGGGUCGAAUUUAGAUUUUCGCUGAUUUUCUGAUCCUCGGAGAUUAUUGUGAAUUUUGGCUCGCGGAGCUAGGAUUCUGUAAGUUUUUCAAAAGUUUUUGCGAGUGUAUAGCCAUCGGUGCUUUUCUUCGCACGGUUUGACCAAAAAGAGUGCGAGGGGAUAUUGAUUGGGUCUUUUUUUGAGGUGAAGUCGACAUAACUGCAAAACAAUCAGUUUACAGAUGACACUGGUGAAUUUCGCAACGAGAAUACGAGAACACAAAUAACAUUGCUUCUAAUACGAUACUGUGACGUUUGAGGAUGGCGGACAACGUUUUGAUUGGGAGUCGUCGAUUUUUGGUUAUCGUCACGGCCAUCAUCGUUUCAUUUCUGUCCCUCGCCAUUGGGGCUCCGAGCCAGGAUAAGCCCAAUCCUUUCAUUCCCCGGAGCAGACCGCUAACCUCUCAGGGUUGGAAGCACAGAUAUCUGCAAAAAUUACUGAGCAGACUGGAGGAGAAACACUCGUUAUUGCGCCAGGAGACUUUAACGCCAGAGCUGAAAAGUGUGCUGCGCCCGACACCGGAAGCCAUACCGAUCACGCUGAACCUGUGCGAUGUCUCUAUCUCGUGGAAAAGCCUUGCUAAGGAGCUUGAAGCGACCGGCACCUCCGCUACCGGCUACACAGUGGGGUUAAUGCAAGACGAGGCUUACAUCCACUACAACAUGCUCAUCGGAAAGGAAAAAAGUAGCUUCCGGUUCUCGGACCUCACCAACGGUGUCGUCUACAGCGGGUUCAUCAAGUCGCUCAACAACACGUAUAAAGUGCACCACUUCAUCCGAGGCUACGACCUGUACAGUAAAAACCCGCAGACUAAAGACGAUGCCAUCCAUGAGUUCCAGCUCACCGCUCCCUACGUCAUAGGAGAUGAGCACUUGCACGAGCAGCUCCUGAAGACGAGCGGCGGCCGCAACUCGACGAAACCGAGCCCGGUGGAGCUGGAAGGCGUCGACCUGAAGGUGCGCUUCACGCGGAUGAUCGAGGACCUCGGGUUCUUGCUGGAGGUCUCCCGCUACUCCCUCGGGCGGACCAAGGGCGGCAACGGGACCUUCAUCGUCGUCACCCCCAGCCAGAUCGUCCAGCUCCUCCCGCCCAUCAAGAUCGUGACCCUCUCGCGGAUUGAGCGCAACGAGCUCAUCCGGGUGACCCUCAAGCGGAUCUCCUCGGUCAACGAGCACGGGGAUAUACUCAUGGAGAACGUCAACUAUAUCAAUAUUUAUACCGGUGAUGUUAGCACGAACGUCAACGCCAGUCUCAAACAGUUGGAACUCUUCCGCUCCGCCGCCGAGCUCCUGGAGAACGAGACGGCGGCUGCGCCCGCACAAGAUGCACCCGAGGGCGCUGAACCUUUGAAUGAUAUAUUUGGUCUUGGAUUUGGCAACAGCGGUUUCGGAAAUGGAUUUGGUGGUUUAUUCUCCAACUUUCUCCGACCCAAUUUGUACAACAAUCGCCGUAACUCAGUACGGUGCUAUGCAAAUGGAGAUGUUUUUGAAGGUUAUGCCUGCAGAAAUUCUGACAUUUGCGUGCCGAUUGAGUGGCAGUGUGACGGCGAAGAGGAUUGCGCAAAUGGAGACGAUGAGUUUCGUUGCAAUUCUGUGAAUGGUUACUACAACAAUCCAAGCAAUAAUUACUACAAUCGCGGUCAGUGCCGCCGACAUGAGUUCAGAUGUCGCUCAAGAGGCCAAAGCCUUUGCUUGCCCAACUCCUGGUUGUGUGAUGGCAGGGUAGACUGCGAGGAUGGGUGGGAUGAAGACGAAUUCAACUGUGGUAAUCAGUACAGUCAGUUCACACCUGGGCACACAACAAAUUUUUACACCAACAAUUACGACCGUGAUUGCGCAGAUUCUUGGUUUAAUUGUUGGGAUAACAGAGACUGUAUUCACCCUCGCUAUGUGUGCGAUAAUGAAGAUGACUGCAGAGACGGUUCAGAUGAGCGAAUCUGCGCUAGCUGGAAUCGUCAGUGUGACAACCAUUAUGAGUUCAGGUGUGCAAGCAGUGUGGGUGGAAGUCAUGCCAGCUACACCAACAGAGCAUGCAUUCCAAAAUCAUGGAUCUGUGACGAUCAGCAAGACUGUCCUCGAGGUGAAGAUGAGUCGUUGGUGAUGUGUCGGGAUUAUCUGCGUGACCAUCCUCCCGCUGGAAACGACCAAAGCGGUAGACCUAUUCCAAUCAGAGGAGAACUCCCUGAUAAACCACGACCUUUGUAGGAAAUAUGUCCAAACACAGCCUAUUCUAUCUGAAAAAACUUUGUUUUUUUUUUGUGUGUGGUAAUAUGCACAAAGCUAAAACUGACAAUGAACACCUAGAUAUUUAGAUUCUCAAUUUCUACUGCAUUCUACAGAUUUUAAUAGCAAAAGGUUCAAUGAUAUAAAAGUAGACUGAAAGGCCUCCUUAAUUGCACUUCAACUCAACCCUAAAAGAUCCUCCAUGCAUUUAGAGAACCACUUUGUGGCAGGCAUAAAAUCUGGGAUAUGACUGGAAAAUUUGAUGGUAGCAGACUCCAUCAAGAGAUUAGUGCCUGCCAAUAGCUAAAAAAUCAUGAAAACCAUCUGGGUGAAUCUCUAAAUAUAAUUAUGAAAAAAAGUUAAAGUUUGCAAAGACUGAAAGCCUAUGGAAAUUAUGAAAGGCCAAAACUGUAGAUCGAGGUGACUAAUCCAGCUUCUAACAGUCAUGAUAGACGAUACCCUAUUCAAAAAAUUAGAGGUGAAGACAUGAUAAUGUUCCUUUUACAAAAGCUUCAUUUUGACACCUUUAAAAAUUUAAGUUGUAAGAAAAAGUCUCGUUCAUCAUGUACAUGUUCGGAAGUCAAUGUACCUAUCUCUCUCUUCAUCUACCGUCUUCUUCACGUAAAGGUUUAAAUGAUCUGUGAAAAAUAAAGAACUUUUACCAUCACUA